UACUACGGCAGACACACAUAAUCUCUCAGAUUCUCUAUCAACACUGUGCUUCCUCAGUUUUCCACUCAGUGUUUUUGUCGCUCCAGUUUCUCUGAAGGCUACUUAUCAUUCUUCUCCAAAUUAUUUCUCUCAUUCACCCUCUCCAUUAAACAUCUCCAUACUCCAUCCUUUUUUAAUCGUCUUCUUCACCAUUUCAUCUGUUUCCAUUUGCGCUCACCCUUUUCCCAUCCUUUGUCUCUGAACUCAUUCUUGUUUUCAUCCCAGUCUCAUCUCCACUUCACUGCCUGUCUGAUCUUUUCUUUUUCUGCUCUUUCUUCAAUGGAGGCUGAGGCACUUUACAGUUUUAGAGCGAGUGAAUGCGAUGAGCUCAGUUUUCAGAAGGGUGACAUCCUGAAGGUGACUAACAUGGAUGAUGAUCCGAACUGGUACACGGCUGAGCUGUUUGGUAGGCGGGGCUAUGUACCAAAGAACUAUAUCAAUGUAAGACCUCACACGUGGUUUGUGGGCGGAAUUUCCCGGCAGGCUGCAGAAAACCGUCUGAGACCGCUAGAGUGUGGUGCGUUUCUCAUUAGGGAGAGCGAGAGCACACCGGGAGAGUUCUCCGUGUCUGUCAGUUACGGUGACCAUGUGCAGCACUUUAAGGUUUUGAAAGAUGGACUAGGGCAGUUCUUUAUAUGGGAUGAAGUCUUCAGCUCCCUCAACCAGCUUGUGGACUUCUACAAAAUCAACAGCAUUGCCAAAGAGAGAACCGUCUUCCUAAAAGAGCCUGAGGGAUCAUUAGCUAGGCCACGUCAUGCCCAUGCCCUCUUUGACUUCACGUCCAAUCAUGCGACUCAUCUACGUUUCUUGCGUGGUGACGUCAUCGACCUGCUCGACUGUUCAGAUGCUCAGUGCUGGAGGGGGCGGUGCCGCGGAAGAGUGGGUGUGUUUCCACCAGAGUAUGUGCAGCCAAUUUAUCACUGAACUUCAUGCGUGUUACCAUCCUGUACAGUUAAACUCAUUGGAUGAGAGCCCAGAUGUAUUGAUCUGUCACACAUACUCUUCAUAAAUCUGAAGGUAAAUUAAGCCUUAGUCAUCAAUGUUUGAUGUAUUUAAGGUUUGUGAUUCAACCUCAUGUGUCAAAGGUCAGGCUUUGCCCAUUAUCGUAUGUUGAAAGCUUUCAGAAGGCAAAUCAAAAAUCAGUUACACCUUGUCAACAAACCAGUUUAGUAACACCCUUAAGGAACAUAACAAUUCAGUGUCAUUUACUUAUUGAUCAGCCAUUAUCUGAACUUCCUGUCUAUUCUUCUUUUAAAUACUUUCAAGUCCUUUCAAAUAAAGGUUUGGCUUUAGAAUAAGAGUAUCUACCUAUUGCGCCUAAUGUUUUAUGUUGAUAGCACAAAAAUGCAUUGUCAUUUUUUUCAACCAGAAGUGAACUAUAUAUUUCUUUUUUUUAUUCAAUAUGAAUUUCUACAUACAUAGCAAAUACUAUAUUUAUUUUCUUUAUUUUUUUUCUUUAUUGUGCUUAUGCCAUAAACAUACUUUUGAGAAUUACUGGCAAUUUUUGUGAUAUUAAGAAAUGUAUUUAUUUCUGUGAAAAAACAUUAACAUGUAGAAACAACUUUAAAUCAUUUGCAUGUUGAUUUCUCUGUAAACACUGUGGUUUUGUGGUGCUAUCAAAACAUUUGCCAAUGAUGUAAGUUUGGGGUGGGGCUAUUAUUUUGAUCAUCCAGUGACAGAUUGGAGUGCCCAGGAUGCCUGUCGCAUUCAUUUUUGUAAUUUUAUUUAGUGGCAAUAUUUAUUUUUUACUGUUUAAUGUUGAAAUUCUUACCAUAAAAAUGUAUUUUACACCACUAGUAAUUAUUAUAAAUUUAAUUUAACAUUUUCUAAACCAUAAUUUAACAAAUCAUUGAUAAAACCAUCAGAAAAUGUAUUUAUGUUGUUAAAUACAGAGGUGAUUAUAAAACUAUAUUGUAUAGGAUACAUGGAAAUGAUAGAUAUAUAUUUUCAUUGGGGUUCAUUGGGGUUAUUUCGUUGUUAUCAUUCACAUGUCUGUUCAGGAAGACCUCUGACUGAUGUUCUAAUGGAAAACAAAUGUUGGAUCCACCUAUACCAUGUGAAAACAUUUGGGACAUCUAGUGCUGUUUACGUAA